AUGGACGAUGUCAUCACAGGAUCAGACGACGUUGAAACGGCGCUGGAAAUGCGAUUUCAAUUGGACAAGAUGAUGUCGAGGGGAGGUUUCAAACUAAGAAAAUGGGCUUCCAAUUGCUCCAAGGUGCUGGACGAUAUCCCACCCGAAGAUUUGGCGAUUAAAGAUUCCGAGAAGGUUACUCUGGAUCCAACGGCUUCCGUAAAAACUCUAGGCCUAACAUGGCUGCCAAAACCCGAUGUACUAAGGUUCCAAUUCAAUAUUCCAGAGUUGGAAGAGGAUACUAAGCUUUCGAAGCGUCAGAUCUUAAUUCAGCAAUUCAUGGGGGAGCUGCCAGCAUCCAGAGUUACAGUAUCACGUCCAUUCUCCCGAGCUGGCGUCGAUUAUUUCGGUCCAGUUUAUCUUCGACCAGCACCGCGACGGCCCGCUGUGAAAGCCUAUGUCGCGCCUUUCAUUUGCCUGUGUACCAAGGCCGUUCAUCUAGAGCUUGUUUCGGAUUUGUCGACUGAUCGGUUCCUUCAAGCUCAACGUCGAUUUGUCGCGAGACGAGGGAAAUGUACCGACAUAUUUUCGGAUAACGGCAUUAACUUCGUCGGGGCUAGGAAUAAACUGCGAGAGUUCCUUAUGCUAUUAAAGGACAAAACCCACCGAGAAGCUGUGUCUACGGCUUGUUCUACAGAAGGCAUUCAAUGGCAUUUUUCACCACCUAGCGCCCCACAUUUCGGAGGCCUCUGGGAGGCAGCAGUUCGAUCUGCUAAAAAACACCUACUGAAGGCCAUCGGUGAAAAUCCGGUAUCACCGGAAGAUUUUACAACACUACUCGUGCAGGUGGAAGGAUGCCUCAAUUCCCGACCGCUAACGUCCAUGUCAGAAGAUCCCAAUGAUCUAGAACCGUUGACGCCAUCGCACUUCCUUGUCGGAGCCUCGCUUCAAGCCUUUCCUGAACCCAAUCUUGAAAAUGUGCAGCUCAACCGUCUGAAUAAAUGGCAGUUAAUGCAACGCAAGCUUCAAGAUUUUUGGCGCAGAUGGCGCCGGGAAUACCUGUACCAACUCCAAGCUAGGACCAAACGCUGGAAACCACCAGUUCAAAUCGAGGUGGGCAAGCUGGUCGUGAUCCAAGACGACAAUCUGCCCCCAAUGCGAUGGAGAAUGGGAAGGAUACACAAACUCCAUCCUGGCGACGAUCAGGUAGUACGCGUCGUUACCGUCAAAACAGCUGGUGGAAUGCUAACACGCCCUGUAGAAAAAUUAUGCAUUCUACCGCUACCAGACUCCGAUGAUGACGUCGAAGCAGAGGACAACCCAUCCAACAGUCUGGUGUAA